GCAGCGUGUGAGGCUUUUAUUGUGCAGCGUGCGGACGGAUGUUUUGGUGUUUCAUAAGCUUCAGUCUGAAACGUUUCUGAAUCCGAAUCAAACAGGUGAUGCGGGUCUCUCAGGUGUCUGCAGGUCUCUUCCUGUCCGACCUGGACUCGGCUCUGAAGCUCAGCGUGCUGAGCAGCAGAAACGUGUCUCUGGUCGUUAACGCCAGCGGUCUGGAGGACUCGGUCUCAUAUCCGGAGCUGGAAGGUCUCCAGGUCCUUCAUGUCCCCGUCCAGGACCAGCCUCACGCCCCCCUCAGCCAGUACUUCGACCUGGUGGCCGAAGGGAUCCACCAGAACCGGACUGGGUCGACUCUGGUCCACUGCACUGCCGGCAGGAGUCGGUCUCCAGCUCUGGUCCUGGCCUACCUGAUGAGGUUUGAGGGCCUCAACCUGCGUCGGGCUCAUGAGCUGGUUCUGGAGCAGCGACCGUUCAUCCGACCCAACGCCGGCUUCUGGAGGCAGCUGAUGGACUACGAGAGGAGUCUGUUCGGCUGCAGCUCGGUGAGGAUGUCGAGGACGUCUGGAGGAGUUCUACCCGAAGCUCUGCAGGAAUCGGACGACGCCGCUGCUGCGUACUGCCUCAACAUCUGACACACAUCUGACUCACAUCUGGCUCAAGGUCGGACCAGACGUAAAGAAGGACAGUAUGAGGCUUUACCUGGACAGUGAUCACGGUACUGAACAGCGAGCAGCAACGUCUUCGUGGUUUUACUCAGCUUGACUCCAUCGUUGUGUCUAACGUUUUAUUUAUAAUUAAAAAAACAUUUAUUUAUUUAGGAACAAAAACUGAAGCUUCUUUGGAUCACAGAUCAAAACUAUUAAAGGUUUUCGACUGUUGAA